AUGUCCCCAGACACUAUCUUGGAGUUCUACGACAUCCCGUCAAAGCUGCCAGGCAUUGCCUGGUCUCCGAAUACCUGGAAGACGAGGUACUGUCUCAACUACAAGGGUAUACCGUACAAGACGAUCUGGGUCGAAUAUCCCGACAUAGCCUCCACAUGCAAGCGCAUCGGUGCCGCACCAACGACAACCAAAUCCGAUGGAACUCCCCUCUACACGUUACCUGUCAUCCGCGAUCCGUCCACGGGUAUAGCGAUAUCUGAUUCCCCACGCAUUGCAGACUACCUCGAAAAAACCUACCCCGACACCCCCCGUCUGUUCCCACCAGGUACACGAGCUCUCCAAGCCGCGUUUUAUGACGAAUUCGAGGACAAUCAUCUGAAAAUGGCAUCAUUUGUUAUUCCUAAAGUCGCUUUGAUUCUCAACCCCCGAAGUUUUGAAUUCUUCAAGGAAGAUCGGUCGAAGCGGUUCGGUAGUAUUGCGAUGGAGGAUCUAUAUCCCAAGGGUGAAAAGAAAGUCGAGUUGUGGAAAAGGUGGAAGGAUACCUGGGGAGUUGUUGCUAGUUGGAUGGAGGAUACCGAUACUUUCAUCAUGGGGAAUGAUACGAUCACAUUUGCUGAUUUCGUUGUCGCCGGAUGGGUCAUCUGGCCCAGGCAUUUGUGGGGAGAGGAUAGCGAGGAAUGGAAGGAUAUUGCCAGUUGGCAUGGUGGAAGAUGGGGAAGACUAAUUGAGAGAUUGUCAGAGUACGAAACGAUUGUAUAG